CGCAAACAAGCCAGACUAAGUGUUUGUGAGCGGCUCCUCUGCUGUGUGCACAUUGCAGUGGUGCAACAGCAGCUGCGGGCUGCGCGCACACGCACGCACACACACACGCGCGCACACAGCCGCUGGGUGUCUUCACUCUGCGGCUGCACCGGAGACAACAGAGCGGCCGGCGCAGGCUGCUCUGCCCGUGUUUUCCGGAAGAGACGGUGUGAAACAUGGGACGCACCUCAGGUCAGCAGCUGAUCCCGAUCCCGCCUCGCGUCUCGCGCUGAAGCCCGUGUUCCCCAUCGGUCGCGAGUGGAGUGAUCCAAACCGGGCGCCGCGCUUCCGAACGGGACAUCCCUCCGGAUCCCUCCCCCCGGGCUGGAACGCGUUCAGGGGUGGGGGCUCGAACACGCCCGUGCAUUCAUUUGGCUCUGGUGAGACCCUGACCGUUGCGACCACAGGCUGGCCCAGGUCACGUUGAUGCCGGUGGGCACUCCCCAUUACUCUCCCCGCCACCUGCUCCUGCGCCGCUCCCACCUUCCCACCCGCCAUGGCUAUGAGCAGUGACACCGGCAGCGAGAGGCUGGACUCCGACACUGACAAACAGACCAGCAGUCUCACGGACACCAUGGCCGCCAUGACGACGAAAGACUCGGACGGCUCAGCUACCAACGGAGUGAGGAAUGGCGGGGCUCAGAAGGAGGGGGCUCAGGCCAAGAGGACUCAUCCGCUGCGGCCUCACCUGACUGGGAGGAAGUUGUCGCUGCAGGAGAGAGGCACGUACCUGUCAUCAGGUCCCGGAGGAGGCUACACUCACAUCUCCCCUCGUGUGGCUCGUAGGCCCACUGUGGAAUCGAAACGCGUGUCCAUAUCAGACUCUCAGGACUGCAUCCAGUUGAACCAGUAUAAGCUGAAGAGUGAGAUUGGAAAGGGCUCCUACGGCGUGGUCAAACUUGCCUACAAUGAGGAUGAUGACAAACAUUAUGCCAUGAAGGUGGUGUCCAAGAAGAAGUUAAUGAAGCAGUGUGGUUUUCCACGUCGCCCACCGCCAAGAGGACCCAAGGCAGCCCAAGGAGAGCAGCCAAAACUCUUGGGACCCCUGGAGAGGGUCUACCAAGAGAUCGCCAUCCUUAAAAAACUGGACCAUGUCAACAUCGUCAAGCUGGUGGAGGUGCUGGAUGAUCCGGCGGAGGACAACCUUCACAUGGUGUUUGAGCUGAUGCGCAAGGGUCCAGUGAUGGAAGUGCCCACAGACAGUCCUUUGUCAGAAGAGCAGGCGAGGUUAUACUUCAGAGACGUCAUCCUGGGCAUCGAGUACUUGCACUACCAGAAAAUUGUUCAUCGGGACAUCAAGCCGUCUAAUUUGUUACUGGGGGACGAUGGACAUUUGAAGAUAGCGGACUUCGGGGUCAGCAACCAGUUUGAGGGCAAUGAUGCUCUGCUGUCCAGCACUGCUGGCACUCCUGCAUUCAUGGCACCAGAGACCCUUUCAGAGGCACGAAAGAGCUUCAGUGGAAAAGCGCUGGACGUGUGGGCCAUGGGAGUUACUCUCUACUGUUUCGUCUUCGGGAAGUGCCCGUUUAUUGACGAGUACAUAUUGGCUUUGCACAAUAAGAUAAGGACCAAGCCUGUGGAGUUCCCAGAAAUACCAAAGAUCAGUGAAGAGCUGCGGACUCUGAUCUUGCGGAUGCUGGACAAGAACCCCGAUACGAGGAUCACCAUCCCUGAGAUGAAGAUGGACCAGUGGGUGACCCAGGGAGGCGCCGACCCCUUGCCUCUGGAGGAGGAGCACUGCUCUGUGGUGGAGGUGACGGAGGAGGACAUCCAGAACUCGGUCAAGUUUGUCCCCAGCCUCUCUGCAGUGAUCUUGGUAAGAGCCAUGCUGAGGAAGCGCUCCUUCAGUAACCCUUUUGAGUGUCCAAGCAGGAGAGAGGAGAGGUCCAUGUCUGCACCCGGCAGCCUGCUCAUGGACUCGUGGCCGUUCCGGCCCUCUUUAAAACUUCACCCCUCACUCAGAAAGUGCAGCACAGGAGACGGACCCAGAGAGGUCGAGCUGGAGGACCUGCGUGAGGACGAGCCGUCCUCUUGAGUCUUAAUGACGCUCCCAUCGACACACCUUUGUCUUCAACCCCAUCCUCUUCACGUCUCUGUGCCCGAGCCGCUGUGCACUCACCCUGUCGUCCAGACGUUUCCUUCAAAUCAGUCGCACCACGGGCGUAUCAUUCUGUACACUGAAGAGACUCGAGGUUUUCAAUCGGAUAUGUCGCUUGUGUUAAAAUUCAGAUGUGUGUGCUCAGGCUUGCUUUCAAUUUUGCUUCCUGUUCACCUCAGAGUAUGCUUUCUCACGCCACUUUUCCUUCUGUAAUGUGGAGUCUGUAGGCAUUUUAACUGCUCCCCCACUUACUGUGUGACUGCCGUCGGUGAACCGAUAAGAAGAGGAACUCUGCUGAAUUUCUGGAUAAUUAACAGUUCAAAUAAUUGUUGUGGGAGAAAGACCAGAACAUGUUUGUCAGCUGGCAUCACACUUCAAUGUGGCAAAAAAACUGUCAAACUCUGAUUUUUUUUUUUUUUUUACUCGUCUGCAUGAUGAAUAGUUAAGCCUCAUCAUCAGACCGUCUAUAGCCACCUGUCACAGUGAUUGCCAGCAUGACGAAGAGAAAAAAAAAAACACCGUUCAAUAAUCAUCACAGACGUCAGCAUGUAAAUUACACCACGUUGUCUCUUCAGUGAACUACAGGGCUUCUUAUUUAUGAUCGAUGAGCAGUCAUUUUAAUAUUGUGUAUGGGUGUCAUGGGGUGUGAGCAGUGUUGUCGUCUCACAGCCCUCUUCCUGUGUAUCCUGUGUAUGUGCCAUCAGUAGCUUUCAGUUUGGAGUGAGGUGAUGAAGGUCGUUCCUGUGCUGCCUUCACUGACCUCUGGCCAGGCUGGUUAAACAUCUGACAGGAAGGAAAGGACGUCAGCUGUCGAAGGGUGAUCGCGCAGCGAGGACAGCGACUUUGUCUGCGCUUGAGCAUAUCUCAAAGCAACUUUUGCCACAUUGUGAUGUGUAAUUAUUUCUCUGUUAGGGGUCAUUUCACGCUUCUUCUCCCACUCUCUCAUGUGUUGGUUGUCUGGGUAUUUCUGUUCUCGAACGCUGUCUCUUUUUGAUUAGAUGUGAAGUAAAUUGGAGCAUUUCGAAGUGUGUGUUGUUAGAUGGCGAGUGUGAACAGACUGAAAGAAGGAUGCAAACUACUGCUUUAAAUAACUCAUCAUCCAAAUUAGCAUUUGUUAUUAUUCAACAGUCUUGGCUGGAGAGCUGAUUUAAAGGCAUGAAUAAUCUCAUUGACCAAGUUAAACAUCACUGAGUGCUCUUAAAGAAGAAUUUGACUUGAUUUGCACAGAGUUGUCCAGGCUGAGGACCUGUACCCUGUCAGAAAAGACAGAGGGUUAUUUUAUUUUAUUAUAUUUUCUUUUUGCUGGGGGCAAACUGACUUUUUUGGAAGAACACAGGAGGGUUUUAUAUAUUUGAACGCCCCAAAUUAGUAUUUCAGUAUUUCCUUCCAGGAUCGAUAAAAAGGGGAACUCAAAUAGUCAAACAGUGGUCAUAAAGGUGUGCUUUGCCAUAUGCAAAGGACGACAAUCCUGUCACUGUUUCAGUUUUUUCCAUGACACUAAACGUUGUCCCUACCUGAAGUCAUUUGCUCCUUCACUUUUUUCUACUUUUUAAAAAGGCCAUAUAAAGUCAGCCUCUAUUCAAUGUUCACGUUGGUGGCUCUUGUGUAAUGUAUUAUUCCAUAAAUGUAUAUUUUAUGAAAUAAUAAAGGUAUAUUUAUGAAAUCUAAAUUAGAUUCAACACCCAAAAUGAUUUGUGCUUGGCCUUUUUUAGUUAUUAAUGGCUGACUGAGUUGUUCCAACCCAGUAUUAUGUUUUGACAUAUUAGCUGCUGUUUUCUUUCUAAGUCAAGGAAGGGUCCAAAUUAAAUGUACAAUUUUAAGAACUGAAAUAUAAGAUUUGACCCCCCUCCUCACCCCAAUAGCUGGAUAAGAUAGAUAGUUAGCAGGCUAAUCCUGUGAGAUCACAGGUGUUGGGAUAAAUGAAAAACACCUUCUUGUGAUUUGAGUCCUUCGUCUGCCUUUCAAGGUGGUUGGCUAACUUUAAGAAAGCCGAGCGUGUGGGUUGUUUUGUCUCCGCCGACUCAAAUCAGAGGCAAACUUUCUGCCCCCGCAGCAGCUCUGCCUCAGAUAAAUGUUUACGCAGCUCCAUUCUGAUUCUCUCCUCCUCCUUGGCCUCUCUCUCUGAAAGAAAGCGCUUGGCAGGCGGAGUGCUCUGAUCACUUGAACCACGGCGCAAAGGAGCAUUUCAAUGUCAUGAUUAGGCCCAGGCUGCCACCAGCAGCAACGCUUCCACAUCCACUUCAGUGCCGUCUCCAGCGCGGCUGAUUAGAAGCAGGGAGUGCGGCGCUUUGCAUUUCCUCCCUUAAUCUCUCCCUCGGUAUCAUCCAGUGGAGGAUGAGAGCUGAAGCUCAGAACGGAGAGGGAUUGGUGGAAUUUGAAUUUCACAUACUAUUAUUGAGCCUCUGUGUCCCUCGGAGGCAGGGACACAGAAAUCAUGCAUGCUGUUGACAGUAAAAUGUCAGCUUCACUAUCAUGUGAGUGCUGGAUAAUGUAAAGCUUUCUAUCUUUUUAUUUUCUUGUUCAAUAACAUUUGGUGAAAGGUCUGUUUGUGGAGGAUAAAUGAAUAUCUUGAUGUCUUAUUGUCUGAGAUGUUGUAAAUGUGGUUUGACAUUAGGGGCGGUGGUCAUUCAUUUAAUGGUGGGCUUGUUUCCGUCCCUUCUCUCUGCUGAGGAUGAUGGAGGUGAUAGAAGGUACUGAGGUGUGUGUGCAGGGUAACCUUCAAUGAAGGGCUCUGUGAACCAAGACGUGUGAAAUGGUGGGUUAUAUUAUAUUUGCUGCAAAUGUUAAACACUCAUUUUUCUCUUUCUUUCUUAUUCUUAUGAGAAUGGUGUUUUUAAAUGUCCACCAGCUUUACAUCGAUGUGUUUGUACGGACGUUUGUCAGUGUCACAGGUGUAAUAUUGUUGUCGUCUUUGUCGUCGGUGCAUUGUUGGCUCCGUCCAUAGCAGGCCACUCAUCCCUCUCUGUGUUUUAGUUGUCCAUGUUGAAGACACUAAAAUACUGCUUCUAUUAAAAUAUUUGCACUUUUCCACUUACAGAUACAUAUUAAAGUUAUUGUGAUUACAUAUAACACUACUGGUACUUGCAAUCCAUUUAACAUCGUACAGUUUUUGAUCAAGGCUCCAGGCUGCGUGGCUCACCUGUAAAAAAAAAAACAUAUUCACUGUGUAUCGGUAUGUCCUCACGGUCUCCUGUGCUUUUUCAAGCAUUGCUCUUUGAUCUGCAUGUCACGGCACUGCUGCUUGGUUUUUGAAAAUUUCUACAAAAUGUUCCCUUUUUCCAGAAACUUCUUCUCCUGUGUGAGUCAGACUGCUGUAACAGCUGCACUAAACAGAUUGGUUUUGAAUAGCUGUUUUUGUUGUGCGUAUCCAUGUAAUGAACUGAAUUGUGAAUGAUGUGAAACUGCGGCCGGGGGCUUCUGGAUUUUACUGCACAAGUGAUGCAUAAAGGUAAAACCCAGUAAAGCCCAUCACAUGAGCGGGGCUCAGCACAGACGCAGCUUUGUGUUCAAGAUCUCUGGAGACGCAGUGAUGGAUGAUCACUAGCUGCCCUCAAAGAUGAGACAUUUAACCCUCUUUUAUUAAAUUUUUAAACUUUCUUUAUUUUAGUGUAUUAUUACUUCUGCAUCGGUUAUGUUUUAUGUCCUAUUUCUGUGUCGCUCUGUUUUAAUCCACAUCUUCUAAACAGAUUUUAUUUACAUUUGGUAGAAAUUGGUGCAGAUUACAUUAUCACGAGGCCAUUUAGAAAGCUCUUUACACUCUGUGUUCAUGUACGGAUUCCUGAACAGUCUUCAGACUCCUUCAGUAUGAGAUUUGUCACUCAGUUCAUGUAGGCUGACCCAUUUACACCUACAGAGAUUUUCACCAUCCUACAAAUUGUUGCUAAUUUUCAUGAAAUUUGGUUCAUUUAAAACUUUUUAAAAAGUCAUUGCUCCUGGAUGCAAUGCACUACAUUUAAAUGACAUCUGCACAUACUGCAUUGAUCGCACGUAACUGAAUUUUAUCUGAAGGUGGUCCGACAGCACAUGAUACAUUUAAAAGGCCAUAAAUUAGUGGUCACCUGACUCUCUUGCAAUGCUGCAAAAUCGGUUCCUUGUGGAAUUCCCGGGUACUUGAGAACUGAAGAUGCUAUCCAAAAAUCAGCACGGUUCCUAUCCCUGCAGAUGCAGAUCAAUGUUAGAUACUGUUUUGAAAAUGUGAAAUGGUGCCAGAUUGUGCAGCCAUGGCAGAGAAUUGCUCACUAUGAAUGGUUUCUAGCUCAGUGUUGCUACUGAAGUCAAACACAGAAGGAAAAUCAAUGGGUGUGGCUGCCCCCGUCGCAGCGCAGGAAGUGAGUGACAGUGGCUAACUCCUCAUGAUUUCAGGUCAUGAGGAUGUCCAGAGGAGGACUGUGGGAGAGCGAGUUUGUACAUAAUGUGAAGUCAGGGACCAGUGGAUCGCUGCUGUGUGUCUUCUGUGACUGUCCUGAUGGUGUGUGUCCUGAUAGGUGCCUGCUGUCUCUGUGCUUGUGGAUGUCUGUCUCGUGUUGUCUUCUUCCUCUGAAUGUCUGUGUCAAGUCCCGCAUACAAAAAUAAAAGCAUGGCACGACUCCGUGGAAUGCAGCUGUUACAAUGUAAAUAUGUACCAAUAUAUACAAAGAAGCUAUUUUUUGCAUGCUUUUUGUACACCUAGACAUAAAGACAAU